AUGGCAGAGUUUAAAUUGGCGCUUUCUCAGCAUGCAAUCAAACAUGAAUUUGAGUUCGACACCGAAAAGAGUGCACCACAUAGGUUCAGAGCUUAUUGUUCAAGAAGGGAUGAAGAUAAGUGUCCAUGGAGGAUAUAUGCUUCUACAAUGGAAGAUGAGUGCACAGUAAUGGUGAGAAAGAACCCUUGUGGUCAUGAUUGCUCUAGUACAAAAAGAAAAAAGAAGUUGAAGAAUGCAAACAAGCGGUGGAUAUGUGAGCACGUGAAGGACUGGCUAAUUGAGGAUGCAACUCUAGGACCAAAGGCAUUGCGAAAGAAGCUUAAAGAGCAUCAUGGAAUCGACAUCAACUCUAAGAGAGUCUAUAUGGGUAAGUUGCUAGCCUUGAAGGAACUAUAUGGUGAUUGGGAUACAAGCUUUGAUAAUCUGUAUAGUUUCAAGGCGCAAAUUGAAAGUUGCUGCCCCGGUAGCAUAGUGAAUGAACCUGCCAGCCCUGCAAUGGGCACACGAAGCAAAAAAUGA